AUGCUGACGGCUAUCGCGCUCUUCUUCGCAGGUAGCGUCGACGUUGCCGGUGCUUCCAGCGGCGAGAUCAAGAAAAAAGACGGGGUCUACGCAAAGGUUUACCAUGUCCGAGACGGAGUUGUCGUGAAAAAAGAGGUGCUCCGUCUCGGCGAGGUCGAUCAGCCCAAAGCGCCCGACUCGAAGACGGAUGGCUCAGGAGUCGAAGAGGAGCGAAUGUACGCACCCUUUCCCGCCACAGAAAGCAAACGUCUGGGUGUUACCCAAAUCGGGCAGGAGAUCGGACGCACGUUCAAGGCGUCAGAAUUCCGGGUGGUAGGGUUCAAGCGUCGUAUCCGGAACGGAGAUAAAAAGAUGCUGGGUUCAAGUGUUGACACCGUGACGACGGAUCUGAGUGAGGUGCUCAAGCAGAGCGACUAUGUGGUAAAUGCGCUGCCUAGCACAAACGCAACCCGGUACUUGCUGACCGAACAAGUGCUUGCGGUUUGCCAUAAGAAGAAGCCGGUGUUCGUCAAUGUGGGUCGUGGCGACGUCAUUUCGGAAAACACGAUCCUUGCCGCUCUUGCCAAGGGCUUGUUUUCGAAAGCCGUGCUGGAUGUGCUCGAGAAGGAACCGCUGCCGAAGGUGAAAUCGAGUCUGAUCUGA